AGCGACGUCGGCAACGCUAAUAGGUUCUCCGCGCGCAUAUAUCACGCGAUCAUGAGAGUCCGUUUGGAUAAGCCUUUAAACGUCGUUUCCUGCUAUAUUUUGAUACAGAAUACGCGGAAGAGAGACGGGCGUGUCGUCGCACGCCAUUCCAGGUGGCCGCGAUUAUCCUGUGGAUUUCUUCGAAGUUUAUCACGCUUGAAAAGUUCCUUUCUUUUUCCGCCUUUAUCAGCGGACUGACGUGAGCACGAGUCGGAACGAGUCGACGACGGCGUCCCGGCGAGGAUGGAAGGCGACAGAGAUUCGUCGGUCGAUCGCAGGGUGAAGGCUUACGGUCCCGUUCUCUUCGUCCUCUUCGCCUUCGCCGCGUACAACGUGACGAAGAACGGAGCGGUGGUGACGUCGUUGAUCGCGACCGUUCUCGUCACGUCCGUGUUCCUCGUGCUCCUCCUCAUCGGCAACGUGACGCUGCGGCUGUGCCAGACGUUGUUCUCGAUCGUCACGCACGUGAGCCAGCACUCGGACGAGAGUGUCUGGUCGAUCGUGAGCUAUAACUUCUCCCUGAAUACCGCGUCGGCGACGACCGUCGUCUUCGGCGCGCUGCUCUUCCUCGGCUUGACCAUCACCAUACGGAGAUGUCCGCUGAGCUACGCGUGGGAUUUUGGUCCGUACGUAUGCUGCCCGCUGAUAAUAUUCGUCUAUUGCCUGGCGAGGAUGAUCGAUCUGGACGAGUGGGAGUCGAGACUUCAGUUCGAUCUCAGUUUCAUGAAGGGACUGGAUUACGGCACCGGUAUGGCGUAUAGCUUUUACUACGGUUACCUGCGACUAAUCCUACCGUCCACCGGCACCGCCAGCAAGAGCAUAAUCGAGAAGAUUGAAAACUUUGAGGACAAUCAUAAUGUCACUUUCCCGAUACACAGGCUGUUCAUUCUGAUACCGUCGUCCGGAUACAUUCCACCGGAUCUCAAGGACGCGUCCUAUCAGUGGAUGGAGAGCGCGCGGGAGCUGGAGGAGGAGAAACGCAGCCGAGCCGGUAACAUCGGCAGAGUAUACCGCAACAACGCCUACAAGAUAUAUCCCGGUGGAAGAAUGUCGGGUGCCGAGCCGGUAUACGCGGUGGUAGAAGGCGCGUCGGCUCUGUUAACGUAUCACGAGGUACAGAAACACAAUCAUCCUGAAUCGGUCGUGUACAAACGUUAUAAAAAGGAAAUCAUACAAAUCUUCCAUAAAAAACUAUAUGAGAUCUUACAGAGCGAACCAGAUACGAGAGAUUUGUGUGAAUUAAUUUAUUAUGACGAUUAUGAUUCGCAAGGAACCAAGGUCAAUGUCGCCGAAAUAAUACUGAAAAGAAUAGCCAAAAUGAAAAAGUCCGCAUGAGUGGUAAAACCCAUAUACGUAUGCAAACGUUCUUUUGUGAUAAAUUUUUUUAAAUGUAUGUGUUUAAUGAUGUAUUUCUAAUAUGGUCGAAUGUGAUUAUAUUAUUCUGCAUUGGUACAUUUUGCGCUCUAAAGACCUGCGUUGCAGAAGAAUUUAUUAAAAACAGGAUAUAAGUUUGACGAAAUGUUUAAUGCCCAAAAAAUUUCUUUUCAAAGAAUUAUAAUAUUAACAAAACUGAUUUUAUAUAUAAGUUUUUAGAGCGCAAUGAUUCAAUUUAUGAUUUCAAUUUGCAAGAGCAUACAUGACGUACAAUAUUGCGCAAUUUAUAAAUGACAUUCGAUGUAAUUUAUACCGUUCUAUCAUUUUAUUCAUACAGAGCUUUCUCUCUUUUUUUAUUCUGAUUUUUCAUACUUUGACCUACUUUUAUAAAUUUUAGCAAGUUAGAAAUGUUGUGAUGAUGAAACAAAGUCAAGACUCUCUUUAGAUUUAUAAUUUUUCUCAAAGAUGAAGGUGUGUGCCAAUUCGAAAUCAUAUUAACGCAUAAGCAUAAAAUUUUAUAAUUUCAAAAUUCGAAAUUUUUUUAUUUCAAUAUACAAAUUUUAUCAUAUACUGUUAAUAUAUAUGUAUACAUAUACAUACGUAUACAUACAUAUAUGUGUGUGUGAUUUAAUCGGCUGUUCUUGGUCAAGAAUACACGAGUACAAUUUUUCUCCGGUCGUGUGAUUUUUGUACGAUGUACAAGAUAAAAAUAAAAUGUAUGUAU